AUGGCUACUGGCACUACUUCCCGUCCAUGGGCAGAUGGUCCUUGGCCGUUGAUCGAAACACCAUCCAAAACACAGGACAUUUCCAAACAUGAAGCUCUCUACAUCGCCAACGAGAUGGCAUUCGCCCACAACGCCAUGCUCCGAGGUUUAAACUCCCUCUAUCUGCAAGCCGAGCAAAUAACCGAGUCGCAAGACAUUGCCGAUUACCUAGUCUUCCUCCGCAGCUGGGCCGGAUGGGUAUCCCACCACCACACUCUGGAAGAAGAGCAGAUGUUUCCUCAAUUUGAAAGAGUGAUGAAGAAGCCCAAUUUCCUCGAGGGAAAUGUUAACGAGCACCAUACCUUCCAACCCAUCUUGAAGCAGCUCCUCGCUUACGGAACGGAGACCAAGCCUGCUGACUACAAGGCCUCGACCGUGCGCAGCCUCAUCGAGCAGAUGGCGCCUAGUUUUCGCGAGCACCUGGCCAACGAAAUCACCAGCCUCAUGAGCAUGGAGCCGUAUGACGGGCCUGCUUUGCUCAAGGUUUAUAAGGAGUGUGAGGCUGAGGCGGGUAAACAGGAUAAGAAUGUUAUCCCGCCCAUGGUCCUCGGCCUCCGUGACAUAACCUUCGAGGGUGGAAACCAGUGGCCCGCUAUGCCGCCCUUCUCCACCCACUUUGUUCAUUAUCUGUUCGCACGGAAGCAUGCUGGUGCUUGGCGUUUUCUGCCAUCGGAUACUUGGGGUAAUCCACGUCCAUUGGCAUUUGGUAAACCUUAA